ACGGGCACAUGACGGAGUUCCAGAGGCUGGUCAGGACAUUAAUCAUGUGUGGCUAGAAUGUGCAUCUGGCUAAUUAGCCUGGCGCUGCUAGUGCUGAAUCUGGGAAAGAAUGGGGCUCUAAUGUGAAACUCCUGGAAUUUUCUGGAGCUGAGGGCGAUGAACUCAACAUUUUGUGCCCAGUAAAGACUCCAAGGCACAUUUAAAAAAAGUAAAGGAUGAGCGGUUGUUGUUUUUUUUAAUUUUUUUAUUUUUUUACAUGGAGCGUGCUCAGAGCAAGGAUUAUCACAGCACUGAGGGGGGAGUUAAGACCUGCAGAUGGUCCCUGCUCACGUGACUGCAGGUCCUCGGUGCGGUCGGUAAUGCGUGCUAACGAGAGACGAAGAGGAGAUGAAGGAAGCAAGGCGUCUGGACAGAGAGAAGUGAAGCAGUGAGAGACGACAGAAGAGAAAGAGGUUGACGGGCUACGGUUCGGGAGGUAGCAGUCCGAAGAGGAACUCCAGGAAACAUGUCUGUCUUGGCCAAACUGGAGAGGAACGUGUGUGUCCUGCUUCCCAAUAAGGAGCAGUUGGACAUUACUGUGGGGGUGAAAGCCAUAGGACAGGAGGUGUUCAAUCGUGUUUCUGAGCUCGUUGGGAUAAAAGAACUCCACUUCUUUGGCCUCACUGUGGUGAAGGACAAUGAACACAUAUUCCUGGACCUGGAAGAAAAGCUAACCAAGUACUUCCCCAAGGAAUGGAAGCCGGACUCGGGGAAGGGAACCCAGAGACGGGCCCUCCCCCUGCUGCUGUUUCUGAAGGUGCAGUACUACGUGGAGAAUGGCCGACUCAUCUGCGACCGUAAAGCACGGCGGUUGUACUAUGCUGACCUGCGGGAGCGUGUUCUGCGGUCUGAGUGUCGCCAGCAGGAGGCGCUGUACUUCCAGCUGGCAGGGUACGCACUGCAGGCUGACCUGGCCGACUGUCCCCAGCCUGGGCAAGCAGACGGAGAGGUCCAAUACUUCCAACCCAAAGACUAUUUCCCUCCCUGGAUCGUGGCGAAGCGGGGGCGUGAAUACCUCCUUUGCCACGGGCCCAAGGUUCACCGGGAGCUGUGGGGCAUGUCAGCACGCGACGCCAUUCUGCUCUUCAUCCGGGAGUCCUGCCGCCUGGAAGACGUGCCCGUCACUUUCUACAGGCUGCAGAAGGACAAGAAGGAGGAGAGGGGCUCAGCGCUACUGGGUCUAACUCUGAGAGGAAUGCAGGUUUAUCAGGAGAUGAACAACAUACGUCAGCUGCUGUACGAUUUCCCCUGGUCCAACGUGGGACGCCUCACCUUCCUGGGCAAGAAGUUUGAGAUCCAGCCGGACGGCUUGCCUUCGGCCAGAAAGCUGGUGUACUACACGGGGUCACCCUUCCGCUCCAGGCACCUCCUGCAGCACCUGAGCAACAGCCAUCGCCUCUACCUGAACAUCCAGCCCGCCCUCAAACAGCUGCGGCAGCUGGAGGAGAACGAGGAAAAGAAGAGGUACCGGGAGUCCUACAUCAGCGACGACCUGGACCUGGACCCCACGGUGAGCGAGGGCAGCCCCGGCCUCUCCCGCCGCUCCACCAGCAGCUCCGGCAUCGAGGCCGACUCCCGCCAGCGCCGCGUCUCCAUGGAGAUGCCGUCCGUGGAGGAGGAGGAGGAGGCGCUGCAGCGGACGGGCAAGCCCUUCGGCUCGGCGGCCAGCCACGGCAGCUCCCACACCUCGGGCGUGGACACCGGCAGCAAGGCGCGGACCGAGGAAGAUGACUGGCAGGAGGAAGAGGCUGAACUCAGUGUGGACGAACCAGAGGAGGUUUCCGUGGACGAGCCUGAGAUGUUGCGAUUGGUCGAGCUGAUAGAGGGCGUGUCUUUGGACUGCCCUGACCUCACACCUGAGACCCACUGGGGAGAUGAUAUUGAGCAACUGGUGGACGGACCUGACUAUGAGGUGAAAAUGCGGAGCACUGAUUCCCUGGAGCAGGUGCUGAAGUGGAGGACUCGAGGCACUGUUGACAGACACAGUCAGAGCCUGGAUGAUGUUCGUCUGUUCCAGCCCCCCACCCCGCUGGGCACCACCCUCCAGGCCGACACCUCCCACAGCUACACCUUCGGCCUUCCAGACCCCAAACUGGACCCCCAGGGGCCUGUGGGUCGUGGCUGCUACCCCCUCUACUGUCCUGCCAAACCCUCCUUCUAUGGCCGCAGGUCAAUGAACUGCCUCUCCUUGGACCUUCUUGGGGAUGAGCAGCUGUUGGAGUUUAUCCUGUGAGCACUAGAGGGCGCAGCUAAGCUGCAGAUUUUCCCCUGGGAGUAUGCAGAGAGCUCUUGACAAUAACUUCGGGUGUGGAAUUCCCAAUCCUAAAGGACAGAAAGUAUGAGUGCAAAUGAAUAUAUUUGUGAAUGCUGUUGUGUACAGUUGUGUGUGUGUGUGUGUGUAAAUAUUUGACUUUGUUUUCACAUCCCCCUUCACCCCCACCUCCACACCGCUGAUAUCCUGCUGGGGAAGCAGGUUUUCAGUUCCACUCAGUGGGGAACCGCACUGUGAAAGAGAGGCUCUGAACUGUUGCCUGGAGACAGUGCCCUAAACUGUAAACACAAAGUCUCCUCAUUUUCCACCACCCACUUUGGAGACAAGGAAAAUGGGGGUGAAUGGUGGUACUGCUGACCAUGAAAGAGAGGGCUAAGUCACAGGCACACCCAGAAGCCUACCCUGGUAGCACACUACUCAUUGACACACUCCCCUCCACACCGCACCUGCCAUAUUUAUUGUACAUUUUUGUUGCUUUUUAAAAUGUUUUUUUUCAUUUUGUGAAAGCCUCAUUCUCUCAUAAUUACCUUUUCUUGCAACAUCCAGGAUUCGGUCUCUUCUUGCUAAAGUCACUGGUCUGUUUGAACAGACAUGAAACAGACGUCUUGUUUUUGUUUAUUUUAUGUGCUGUUAACUAUACUGUUGCUGUCUAGGGCUGAAUUGAAGACACCCAUCUGAGAGUAACUGAAUGCUAACCUGGAGUGAAUGAGAACUGUUGUAACAUUAUAUUCAUUAGCAGUAUUUUGUUAGUAUUGACAAAGAACACAAAUGUGCUAUUACAGAUGAGGAAUUUUCAUGUGAAAAUGUAUAAUCUUCAUUAUUACCAACAGCAUCGUAACACUUUGCGAAUGCACACUGUACCGUAGCAUUUAUUUGAACAGUGAGCUCUGUAGAUUUUUUAAAUGCACAGCUUAUGCAUACAUAGGUCUUGGUGGAUUAAUAAAUGUGUUUAAUGGGCAUACAAUGUCACACCAACAUUUACAAUUUUACAGAUGUUAUUUGUAAACGCAUGUAUGUGCAAAAGGUUACACACCAUAAUGUCUGCAAAUAAUUUGUAAAUGCAUAUUUGCAUAGUAAGGAUUUACAUUCUGCAUACACACUUAGGAUUCUGCGCUGUGACUAAACAGAUUACUUAUAAAUGCAUAUAUGAACAUAGGAUUCUGCUUUAAAUUUUACGGAUAAUUUGUGAAUACAUACAGCAUAUGCACUUAGGGGUUUAUGCUGCAACUUCUGCAGAUGAUCUGUAAAUUAGUAUUUGCAUGCAGGGUUCCACACUGCAGCUCCUGCUGAGGGAUCUGUAAAUGGGUGUCUGCACGUACGGUUCAACACACUGAGUUCUGGGGUAAAUGGAGCUGGCGCUUGCGCUGUGUCACAGCGCUCCUACAGAGGGUUCGAGCCGAACGCGGCUGUCACUGAAAAAUGUCUUUUUUUUGCUGGCUGCCCCUUUGCCAUGCCAGCCAUUGUUUACUGAUAUGCUGUCUAAAUGAAGUGUUUUCUUCUGUGGCUCUGUAAGUGUAAUCCGUGUAUAGUGGUGCUUGUACAGUUUUCUUUUUUUUUCUUGCUGGCAAAGAGGUGGUUGAAACUAAGAAUGGGUUUUCAGUCUUUGUUUUUCUUUCUUUUCUUUUCUAACUGGUUAAAGUCCUUUUGCAGUAAAGAAACAUACUUUCAUAUUUUCCACAUGAAUCCCCUUACUGUGCAUUGACUUAACAUUCUCUGACAGAGUGCAUUUUCAACACAAGCCUCCUCAUCUGGAUAAUAAUGUGCAUUUGAAGUGGUCUUUCUCCUGUACAAUUCCAUGUCUUCCACUUCCUUCAUCAUUGUGUUAUUUAUUUAUAUGUAGCCAUGAGGAUUUUAAAUAUUGUAAAGAGUGGGACACUCACUAGAGACCUAUUGAUUAAUGCAGCCAGUAUUAACUGUUAAUGCAGUGACUUUCUACUUCAAUGUUUUCAAUUUUUCUAUCAAAAUCCCUUGCAACUUUUUUUAACUUUUUUAAUCUUUAAUCCUUCCUUUUUAUAAUAAUGGAAUGGUCUGUAUUACCUUUAAGAUUAGACAACAGAACAUUUCAUAGACACUACAUGUCUAAUUGUACAUAAAUUGUCGUAUGAGUGAAUGGCUUUCUUGGAACACUGCUCUGUCCAACUCUGGAUGAUUGCAGUUAAUGUUAUUAAUUGGGAUUAAGUUAGUAAUUUAAUUGGAAUGACAGUCCAUAUUAAGCCUGCACAUGCAAUAUUUUACACAUUGAUGAAUGUAUAAUCCAGCGAAUAAUCAAUCAAAUGUAUGUUGAAUUAUCCUCCCAAUCAUGUUUAUUGUUGUUGUUUUUCUAUUAAACUAUUCUACUAUAAACAUUA